AUGGCAACUUUCGGCAAUCCCACACAGAUCUUUGGUGACGAUGUCAUUGAGGAGAAGGGCGAGAACGCUCGUCUCUCCGCCUUCGUCGGUGCUAUCGCCGUCGGAGAUCUUGUUAAGAGCACACUCGGUCCCAAGGGAAUGGAUAAGAUUCUCCAGUCUGCAUCUACAGGAGAGAUUCUCGUGACGAACGACGGUGCUACGAUCCUCAAGUCCAUCGCCCUGGACAACGCCGCAGCCAAGGUGCUGGUCAACAUUUCCAAGGUGCAGGAUGACGAAGUUGGUGAUGGAACCACAUCGGUCACCGUCUUGGCCGCUGAGUUGCUGCGCGAGGCCGAGCAGCUCGUUGCGAAGAAGAUCCACCCCCAGACCAUUAUCGAAGGAUACCGGAUAGCGAGCAAGGCCGCUCUUGCCGCUCUCGAGGCUACGGCAGUUGACCGCAGCCAAGACCCAGAGGCCUUCCGCAAGGACCUGCACUCCAUCGCCCGCACAACCCUCAGCUCCAAAGUGCUGGCACAAGACCGCGACCACUUCGCCCAGUUGGCCUGUGAGGCCGUGCUGCGUCUCAAGGGCUCCACCGACCUGUCCCACAUCCAGAUCAUCAAGAAGGCCGGUGGCAAGUUGAACGACUCUUACCUCGAUGAGGGUUUCAUUAUGGAUAAGAAGAUUGGUGUGAACCAGCCCAAGCGGUUGGAGAAUGCGAAGAUCCUGGUCGCCAACACGGCCAUGGACACAGACAAGGUCAAGAUCUUCGGUGCACGAGUCAAGGUCGAGUCGACUGGUAAGUUGGCCGAGUUGGAGAAGGCAGAGCGCGAGAAGAUGCGCCAAAAGGUCGAGCGCAUCAAGUCCCACGGCAUCAACUGCUUCGUCAACCGUCAGCUCAUCUACAACUGGCCCGAGCAGCUGUUCACCGAGGCCGGUAUCAUGACCAUCGAGCACGCCGACUUCGACGGUAUCGAGCGUCUGGCUCUCGUCACCGGCGGAGAGAUUGCCUCCACCUUCGAUCACCCCGACCAGGUCAAGCUCGGUGGGUGUGACACCAUCGAGGAGGUGAUCAUUGGUGAGGACACCCUGAUCAAGUUCUCCGGUGUGGCCGCUGGUCAGGCCUGCACCAUUGUGCUGCGCGGUGCCACCGAGCAGCUUCUCGACGAGGCGGAGCGCUCCCUCCACGACGCUCUGGCCGUUCUCUCGCAGACCGUCAAGGACCCCCGCGUCACCCUGGGUGGUGGAUCCGCCGAGAUGGUGAUGUCCAAGGCCGUCGAACAGGCUGCCCAGAACACCACUGGCAAGAAGCAACUUGCCGUUGACUCUUUCGCCCACGCUCUGAAGCAGCUCCCCACCAUUCUGGCCGACAACGCCGGUCUGGACUCCAGUGAUCUGGUCACUCGUCUCCGCCAGGCGGUGAACAACGGUAUGACCAGCUCCGGUCUGGAUCUGUUGACGCCCGGUGGUGGCAUUGCGGAUAUGCGCGAGCUCGGUGUUGUGGAGGCUUAUAAAUUGAAGAAGGCGGUUGUUUCAUCUGCCUCAGAGGCCGCUGAGCUUCUCUUGCGAGUGGACAACAUUAUUCGCUCCGCUCCCCGCCAGCGCACCCGGAUGUAA